AUGGCGGCACCUCGGGGCCAGGAGAGCCCAGGCCGAGAACUGGGUGGCUGUGGGGGGCCAUGGGGGGCCCUGCGGGGACCUCCCCAAGCCCUGCUGCCCUGCCCCUGCCCCGUGCUGGCCAGCUACAGCCUCCUGCCACCCCCCCUGACCCUCCUGGCACCCUUGGUCCAUCCGGCCAUCGAGGGGCCGCUGGGGCUGCCGGUGGAGCCAGGGCGGGCGAAGGCGGCAGCGGCGCGGGAGAGCACCGGGGCGCUGAAGGCGUGGCUGGCGCGGCACCCCCGGAACCCGUACCCCAGCAAGGGCGAGAAGGUGAUGCUGGCCGUGGUGAGCAGGAUGAGCCUCACCCAGGUCUCCACCUGGUUCGCCAACGCCCGCCGGCGCCUCAAGAAGGAGAACAAGGGGAGCUGGGCCCCGCGCAGCGCCUCGGACGGCGACGACAGCGAGAGCGAGGGGGGCCCGGGAGCACCCCCCGGCCCCGGGCCCGGCCCCAGCCCUGCGCAGGAGGGGAGCGGGGGCAGCCCCGAGGGGGGGGCGGGCCCUGGGCAGGGCAAUGAGCCCUCAAAACCCAAGAUCUGGAGCGUGGCGGCGAUGCUGGCACCCAGCGAGAGUCGGGAGCAGGCAUAG